AUGGAAUCCAAAUCUCUAAACGACGUCAUCGCUACGCCAUCUUCGUCGCCAUCAGAAUUCGAGAAGAACCAGAAACAUUACCAAGAAAUCAUCGCCACGCUUCCUCACAAAGAUGGCUGGAGACCAAAAGAUCCGUUCGUCGAGUACGGUGGUCACUGGUGGCUGCAACCUCUCCUCGAAGGUUUACUCCACGCUCAGAAGUUCUUUAAAGCUCGACCCAGUGAUUUCUUCGUCUGUAGCUACCCAAAAACCGGCACGACUUGGCUCAAAGCCUUAACCUUUGCGAUCGCAAACCGUUCCAAGUUCGACGACUCAACAAACCCUCUUCUCAAACGCAACCCACACGAGUUUGUUCCUUACAUCGAAAUCGAUCUCCCGUUGUUCCCAAGUGUUGAUGUUCUUAAAGACCAAGGCAACAAGCUUUUCUCCANUGCUUGA